AUGUCAUCAGACUCUGAGAUGGCCAUCUUUGGGGCAGCAGCUCCCUACCUCAGAAAGUCAGAAAAGGAGAGAAUUGAGGCCCAGAACAAACCUUUUGAUGCCAAGACUUCAGUCUUUGUGGCACAUGCAAAGGAAUCCUAUGUGAAAAGCACAAUCCAGAGCAAAGAAGCAGGAAAAGUCACAGUCAAGACCGAAGGUGGAGAAGUUCUCACCGUGAAGGAUGAUCAAAUCUUCCCCAUGAACCCUCCCAAGUAUGAUAAAAUUGAGGACAUGGCCAUGAUGACCCACCUCCAUGAACCUGCUGUGCUAUAUAACCUCAAAGAGCGUUAUGCAGCCUGGAUGAUUUAU